AUGCCGGUGUUAGACUCGUCGAGCGACGACGACGUCCCGCUGGCGAUGAGAGCACAAACAGCAGCAGCGACGACUGCGCCUCCUGCUGAAAAGCCAGCAUCGGUCGUCGGGGUGGUGAAACCAUACGUUGCGCCUCCGAUUCAAUCCUCCUCUGUGCCAACUGCUCCUGCUCCUGCGGCGACCGCUUCGGCUUUUGUUCAGAAACCUGCCGUAAAAGCUUUUGGCGACGACGACGCGUUAGUAAAACAACCAGCGGCAGUCGCGAAGACGAUGGCUCCAGCUGGGGUUGCCGCGUCGAACGGUGGUGCAAAUAAUAAUGGUUCAGGAUUUGUCAUCCCGAAACGUCCUCGAGCGGAUUCGAGCUCGAGCGACGACGACGUGCCGUUAGCGCAAAGAGCGAAAGCGGUCGAACGGACGAAAAUACUUCCACCGACGGCGCCAGCCGCCGCCGCUGGUGGUACUGGUGGUGCUGGUGGUGGAGGAGGAGGAGGAGGAGGAGUGGUUAUUCCGAAAGCGAAACCGAUGGUGCCUGAAGCGGUGCGUCCGGUGCAAUCGCGACCGAUGAUGGUGCCGCAAAUCGCGAAGAAUCCAAACGUCGCGGCGGCGAGUAAAGGAGGACGCCCGGUGGACUCCUCCGAUAGCGACGAUGACGCGCCGUUGGCGCAAAAGAAGAAAUCGCUUGAUUCGGAGAAGAGGACGAAAGAGGAAAGAGAAAAGCGACGACGGGAGAAGAAAGAAAGAAAACGCAAAAGGAAAGAAAAGAGAAGAGAGGAGAGAAGACGACGAGAGGCGGAGCGAUUGGGCGGCGGUCGACACACGGUGAAGUUGAACUCGUCCUCCGGCGUGAAGAAGAAGAAAAUAUCGAGCGGUGGUGGGAGUUCCAGACGAGUCAGCGCGGGAGGGAAUGGUAAAGGAUCGGAGAUUAUGUGGACGCAGUUGGAGCACCACGGAGUUUUGUUUCCUCCGGAGUACGAACCGCACGGGGUUCCGUUGACGUACGACGGCAAGGACGUUCAUCUCGAGCCACACGAAGAAGAAGUUGCCACGUUUUUUGCGGUGAUGAAAGAAACAGACUACGCGUUUAAACCGGUGUUCCAACAGAACUUUAUGGAUGGGUUUAAACGCAUACUGAAAAACGGAAAGAAUGCGCACGUUACGGACUUUGAGAAGUGCAACUUUCAAAAAAUUUACGACUGGGAUCUCGCGAGGAGGGAAAAGGUCAAAGCGCGAACGAGCGAAGAAAAGAAACAGAUCAAAUUAGAUAAAGAUAAAGCGGAAGAAAAGUACAUGUGGGCAACUAUGAAUGGUAAACGCGAACAAGUUGGCAACUUUAGAGUGGAGCCGCCGGGAUUGUUCCGCGGUCGAGGCGAACAUCCAAAGAUGGGAAGAAUCAAAAGGCGCAUUCAGCCGGAAGAUAUCAUCAUCAACAUCGGCAAAGACGCGAAAGUGCCAGAAGCUCCCGCUGGUCACAGAUGGAAGGAAGUGCGACACGACCAAACCGUCACUUGGAUGGCUGGUUGGAACGAUUCCAUCAACACGAAAGAUUGGAAGUACGUCCAGUUUGGCGCGACGUCGAGCGUGAAGUCAGAGUCUGACAAACAAAAGUUUGAAAAGGCUCGAACUUUACACGAGCACAUCGGCAAAAUCCGCGAUGAUUACCGCAAAAAUAUGCGAAAGGACAACAAAGAAACCGCGCAGUUAGCGGUGACGACGUAUUUGGUUGAUAAAUUAGCUUUGCGUGCCGGCGGCGAGAAGGACGAAGAUUUGGCCGAUACGGUCGGCGUGACUACGCUGCGCGUGGGACAUUUGAAAUUCAUGGGUCCGGAAGAUGACCACCCGUAUCCGAAAAUUGAGUUCGAUUUUCUUGGUAAGGAUUCUAUUCGCUACCAUCAAGAGCAUGCCAUCGAAAGAGUCGCGUACGAUUGUUUGAAACGCUUUUGCAAAAACAAGAAAGAGGAUGAAGACGUGUUUGAUAAGAUCGACCCGUCUAAAGUCAACUCGCACUUACAAACACUCAUGCCGGGCUUAACCAUUAAAGUGUUUCGUACGUAUAACGCCUCGAUUACGUUGUAUAGAUUGUUGGAAGAAACGACCAAACCGAAGGCGGCGGUACCAAUCAUGAAAUCGACGUACGACGAGGCGAACAAGGAAGUUGCUAUUUUGUGUAAUCACCAGAAAGGCGAAUCCAAACAGCACCAAGCCGGGAUGGACAAGUUGAACGAUAAGAAAAAAGAGUUGGAGAAAGAGAUGAAAGAAUUGCGAAAAGCGGAUAAGAACCACAAGAAACUCCCUUCGUUGAAAGAACGAAUACAGAAGUUGAAGUUACAAAUGGAAACGAAAGAGUCCUUGAAAACAGUAUCGCUCGGGACGAGUAAAAUCAACUAUUUGGAUCCGAGAAUUACCAUCGCGUGGUGUAAAAAGCACGAAGUUCCAUUGCCGACGGUGUAUACCAAAGCUUUGGUUCAAAAGUUUAACUGGGCGAUGUGUGAAGAGCCGGAUUACGUGUUCGCGGACUUGUCGUACAACAUUGAAAGAGACCCCGGGGCGCAUUAA